AUGAAUAAGGAGAAUAAAAAGAAAAACAACAAACUUGAUAAUCAUGCGACAACUUCUCGAUUAGAAACAUUAAUUCCUUCAAAUAAUACUACUCAAAAACAUUUGAAACAGCAACAAAAUACUACUAAUCAACAAGAAGAGCGUCGUCGUUUGUUAGAAGAAUUUAAACGCAAAAAGGCAGAAAAACAAAAGUUUCAGAAUAAAAAAGGGAAGGAUAAGCCAGUUAUAAAAAAGCAAGCUGAAGAAAAACAUCCUUUAAACCACACUAUAAUAAAAACCGAGAUAAAAAAUGCGGAUGCCUAUUUGCAAUCACCGUUGAAAAAUGAUGAAUCAAAUUUAAAUAAAUAUCAAACUCGACAUUCUAUUAAACAUUCAUUGUCAAUUCCAGUCCAACACAAAGAUACAUCAUUGGUUACUUUGGAACCCUUUGAUAAUAAAGAUCAGUCGGAUUCAUCUUCAAUAAAUCAACCAACUGAAAAGGAGAAAAAUAAAUUACCUAGUCAGAUACAUUCCUCGAUAUAUUCAAGCCCUGCAAUUAAAGCAUCUGGAAAGCCUCAGAGAAUAAGAACGAAAUCAAUAACUCAUGAUAAUACUGAUGGGAUCGUUAAUGGUAAAAAAAGUCAACGUGUAAAGUUUGCGGAAAGUGACAUGUAUAGCACUCCUGCUGGUUCACCUUCAAAAGCUUUGGGCUCCGCAAUUAAAGUAUCUGAAAAGCCUCAAGGGAUAAUGGUAAAACAAAUAGCUGACAAUACUGAUGGGAUCGUCAACAGUAAAAAAAGUCAACGUGUAAAGUUUGCGGAAAGUGACAUGUAUACCACUUUUACUAAUUCACCUUCAAAAAUUUUGAGCCCUGUAAUUAAAGUAUCUGGAAAGCCUCAAAGAGUAAGUGUGAAACCAAUAACUAAUGAAAAUCCUGAUGAGAUCGUCAAUAAUAUAAAAAGUCGACGCGUAAUGUCGUCUGCGGAAAAUGACAUGUAUAACAUUCCUGCCGAUUCACCUUCAAAAUCUUUAUUGCGAGUUUCACACAAAGGUACACCAAACCCUCUUAUUUCAACAUUUGGAAAAACUCAAAGAAUGAAGGGGAAUUCAAACGAAAUCGAUGAUGCUACUAAGGUUAAGGAAACACCAAUAACGAAAUUAGCAACACCUAAAAUCUACACAACACCACAAAUAUCACAAACUCCUCCAUCGACUAAACUAUUCACUAAAGAACCGUUAGGAAAUAGUAUUCGACGUAGUAAAUUCAUAUUUGAUUCUAAAGAUAAUGUUACCAGUUCUUCGUCGCGUUUACCAACAUUAACACGACUGACAUCUAAACGUUCUCCGGCUGUUAACCCUGUAAUUUCAUCAUUUGGAAAAGCUCAAAGAAUUAAAGUUGUAAGAGAUGAGGAUAAUGAAGAUUCCGAAUUUCUUUCACCUAAAGUAUCAGACUAUACAAGUGAUACAACAAAUGAAGAGAAUAGUAAUGAUGGGGCUAAAGCAAGACACUUCUUUUCUAUCUUAGCGUCAACACCUUUUAAAGCACCGGUUAAGAAAGCUGGUAGAUUGUUAGAUUUUUCGCAAGCUAAAGAAUCAAGUUUCGAUGAUUCCUUCACCGGGCAAAGUGAAGACAAGUGCGUUAAUGAACUUAUAAUUAUGGAAAAAGGUUCUUCAAUUACCGAAAAUUGUCAAACGCCCGAAUUACAAAAAACUAGUGUUUCUCCCAAAUCGAUGUCACCUUUCUUUAAAGACAUUUCGAUACAAACAUCACCUUUUUUGUUAAAUCAAGAGGAUUCGACAAAAAAAUUUAAACCUGACUUUACCAAGUGGACAAGACAUUAUGUGUUAAUCGUGUAUGAUCCUGAUACAUAUGAUAUCAAAUAUAAACAAGUCGUUCCAAUCCCAACUAUAACUUUUUUUUCCAUCAAAGAUGCCGUUCAUGUAGCCUGGACGGGAUCAGAGUUGUUGGCACGAGCGAUGUUUUUUAUUUUAGAAGCAGAUUGGCCCUCUCACUCCAAGAAGGUUGGAAGUUUGAAGGAGAGAAUUCCACCAUGUGAAAAAGCUGAAUAUUGGAUCGAAAGAGCUAAAUUUGAGGAACGUUGUAUGCAAUAUGAAGAGGCUUUACGAUUAUAUGAGAAGGCUGAAGAACUUAACGCAAAGCCAGUCCAGUUAGUCAAGGAGGAACGGGAGAAAUUCUUGGCCAGAAUAUGUUCCUUGUUCGAAUCAAUUCCGAGUCUAGAACAUGAAGAGUUAAUUGAUUAUCAAGAUGAUUCUGACGAAAAUAAUUAUUAUUUGGAUGAUAAAGAUUAUUUGUUAGAUGACGACUUGUCAGCUUUACUUGAAUAUGAAAGUUGCAUAUUUCAUGAAAACGACGAAUUCAACGAACAAUCGCAAACAAGUCGUAACAAUAUCAAUGAAGGUCAGGAUUUAGUUGAAGCUUUGAAUGAUUUAUCGUUCAAUAUUAAACCGAAGAGAAAAACGAGAAAAGAUGAUAAUUCUGAACAAGAAACUCCUAAAUCAAUUGAUUCUUCCUUGACUUUAUUAACCACAGUUAAAGCAAAAAAGAAGGAAAGAGAAGAAUUUGGAGUUGAAAGAGUUAUAACACCUGUGAGACGAUCCGCAAGAUUUCACAAGAUUUCGUAUUCUGAUGAUGAACAUCAAACGCCGGAAGAUCGAGAAAUCGCAACGUUAUUAGAAGAAAAUGGUAUUACAUACGUCCCCAAUCGGAGGUCAUCUAAAAAGAACAAUGAACAAGAUUGUGAUAUUGAUAAUGUGAUUGUAGUGAAACAGAAAACAAUGUCAGGUAAAAAGACUGUUACUUGGGAAGAUUUAAAGAAAUAA